UGGUACCAGGCCCGGUUUGGGACGCUGUCGGACUACUUUGCUGCGCUGCACCGGCGGCUGGCGGAGGCGAGAACAAAGUUGCCCACGCUGCGCGGAGACUUCUUCACCUACGCUGACCGGGACGACCACUACUGGAGCGGAUACUUCACCUCGCGGCCGUUCUACAAGCGGCUGGACCGGACCCUGGAGUCCACACUCAGAGCCACUGAAAUCUUUUACACUCUCACGUUGGCUGAAAUGCGUCGUUUCCGUGGCGACGGUCUUUUGGUCGAAGGGUUUCCGGCACACGAACAUUACCAACGGCUGACAGAAGGGAGACGGAGCUUGGGCCUGUUCCAACACCACGAUGCUGUCACGGGAACAGCACGGGACCCGGUGGUGAUCGACUACGGAACCAGGUUGUUUCAUGCCAUCCUGAACCUGCGCCAGGUGCUGCUGAGCUCCGCCCACUGGCUAAUCCUGUUGGACAAGAGCCAGUACCACAAAGACCAAUCAAAACCCUUCUUACAAAUGGAUGAGGUGAUUUCGGCGCAGGACGCUUUGCCUCAGAAGACAACGUUGACGCUUGGCGAUGAGCCCAGGUCGGUGAUCGUUUUGAACCCGACGGAGCAGCUCCGUACAUCUGUCAUCACGCUGGUGGUGGAUUCUCCAGACGCUCGCGUCGUCGAUGCAGCAAGCGGUCGACCAAUGGCAGUGCAGGUCUCGGCUGUGUGGGCGGAGCCUAGUAAAAUGUCUUCAAAAGCCUUCCAGCUCUCCUUCACCGCUGAACUUCCUCCUCUGUCACUCACCGUGUAUCAUGUGAUCAAAGCUCCGGCUGGCUCCGCCUCCCGGGCGCGCUAUGUCGUUCAUCGCCAUGGCGACCCACCAACCGUCCACUCUGAGCACUUCCAGGUGUCCCGGCUCCAAGGAGCUGAAGCCGACUUGUCUCUGUCGCUUAGCAACAAGCACCUUCAGAUAUGGAGCUCCCCAGAAACUGGCCUGCUGCAGAAGCUGCAGCUGCAGUCCGGUCGGGUCCGACAGGUCCAGGUCCGCUUUCUGUGGUACGGAACCAGAACCUCAGGGGACCGCAGUGGAGCGUACCUGUUCCUGCCAGGAGGGGAGGGUCCUCAGGCCUACUCGUCCUCUGGACCCCCCCUGAUCCGGGUCACUAGGGGCCCCAUCUUCUCUGACAUCACUUCCUGUUUCCCACACUUCACACACACUGUGCGGCUCUACCACCUGGACGGGCAUGCUGGGAAAUCCCUGGAGAUCUCCAACAUGGUGGACAUCAGGUCGGAGACCAACAAGGAGCUGGUCAUGCGGCUUGUCACUGAUGUCGCCAGCGGCAACCGUUUCUAUACCGACCUCAAUGGCUUCCAGAUGCAGCAACGCCGCUCGCUGGAGAAGCUCCCCCUGCAGGCCAACUUCUACCCGAUGACGUCGGCGGCGUUCCUGCAGGACGCAUCGAGUCGUCUGUCGCUGCUGUCGGCGCAGAGCCAGGCGGCGGCAUCGCUGCGACCCGGUGAGCUGGAGCUGGUGCUGGACCGGCGGCUGCAGCAGGACGAUAACCGUGGUCUGGGUCAGGGGGUCACCGACAACAAGCCGACCGCCACCCUCUACCAUCUGCUGCUGGAGGACCGGGGCGGGGCCGAGGAAGUGGGCGGAGCCUCAGUGGAACACCUGUCUCUGCUCGCCCACCUGGCCUCUCUCUCCCUCUCCCAUCCUCCAAUCACCAUGGUCGGCCCGGGCGACAGCCAGCUGCCGAAGCUACGCCCUUUCCAAGCGUUGCACUCCUCGCUGCCGUGCGACCUUCACUUGUUGAACCUGAGGACGCUGGAGGACCCGAAGGAAGCUGGGAGCCCGUCACAGGAAGUGGCGCUCCUCCUCCACAGGAAGGGGUUUGACUGUAGCUCCAUCCCCACCCCGCCCCCAGCCUGCUCCUGGAAUGGCCUGGAUGAGCUGGACCUGGACGAUCUGUUCGCUCCGCUGCAGUUCCGCUCGCUGCGUCGCUCCGGCCUCACGCUGCUCCGGGACCACGACCAGCCUGACUCCGCCCACCAGGCGCAGGAGCUCCGCCCCAUGGAGAUCAGCGCAUUCCGCGUGGAGAUCGACUGAUGAAGCUGCAAGCAGGAAGUCUGGCUCUUUCACAAUAAAAGGUGAUCAAACACU